AUGCUAGCUGUUUUCGCUCUAUUUUUGAUUACACCUAUAUUAUUCUACAUAUGGCGUUUCUAUGAAAAUGUCAAGCGCUAUCCGAAAGGUCCUACACCUUUACCCAUUAUUGGAAAUCUUCAUUCCAUUGAUCUAGAAAAGAUACAUGAGUAUCUUGCUGAAGUGCAGAAGGAUUACGGUAACGUCUUUACCGUAUGGUUGCCAAAACCGCAUGUAAUUAUUACGGAAUUAGAAGCAAUUAAAGAAGCAUUCGUCAAAAAAGGAGAAGACUUCUCUGGUCGAUCAGGGCUAAUUCCAGAUACACUCUUUAGUUAUGUUGAGAACGGAGGAAUCAUAUUUUCUGAGGGUGACAACUGGAAAGAACAGCGACGAACUUCUUUGCAUAUUUUAAGAGAUUUUGGUAUGGGCAAAAAUUCUAUGGAAGAGCAGGUACAUUUAUUUAUCUACGAUUCGACACCAUUAAAUUAUGGUGUAGAUGGACCAAACUGCAAAAACGUAGACUGUUUCUUUUCCUUUCCAAUUUUUGUGGCAAACGUUAUAAACAAGGUAGUAUUUGGAUAUACUUACGAGUAUAACAAUUGCGAUCGCCUCAUGCGAGUUGCCAACGCGGUGAAUGAGAUCUUCUUAGACAUGAGGUACGAGUUUGAUUGGAUUUUGUGCUUUAUUAAAGGGAUUUAUACAACUUCUUGGAAAAGCAAGCUGAUAAUGAUGACACAACUUGUGCCCUCCAUUCUACGAAUUCCAUACGUUGCAAAAUUCGUGAAGGGACAAUUUGACGAGCAGUUUGCUCUUAUCUGGAAGAAUAUAAAUGAAGAUGUGGAAAAAUGCUUGAAAUCAUGGGAUCCUGAUCAAGAACCAGAAUGUUUUGUUCAUGCAUACGUUAAGCAGAUGAAAUGCAAUCCAAUGCUUGAUCGCGACAACCUAAUCAACUCUUGCUCCGAUCUGUUCCUAGCCGGUAUGGAGACAACAGCAACAACUUUAAGAUGGAGUACAUUAUACUUGUCAAAAUAUCCCAAAGUACAGGACAAAAUGCGUGAUGAGAUUCUAUCACUUCUUGGCGCUGAUGGAAAACCAAGCAUGGCAAUGAGAACCCAGCUACCGUAUACCUGACCUGAACGAUUUCUCAUGGAUGAUGGUGUCACUCCUAACAAGGAAGUUAUCGACAGCUUUUGGCCAUUUUCUAUUGGAAAAAGGAUAUGUGUAGGUGAAUCAAUGGCCAGAGUGGAACUUUUCAUAGGAAUUGUAAUGCUACUUCAGAAAUUUAAGGUAAGCACUCAUUUAUCUCUUGUUUUUAUUUAUAUGCUAAAUCCUAUCUCUAGAUGGAACCCGUAA